AUGAAGCCUAAAGCGCCUGUACCUAAAAUGCCUGACCAAAAAUCUGCCCCUAAAAUACCCGAACAAAAAUCUGCAGCACCAAGUAAAUCUUUAAAGCUGAAGAAAAAUGAUGUCUCCUCAAAUAAACUUCAUCCAAGCUUAUCUUCCAAUGAAGAAAUACCAAAAAAAGAAUCCCAGCCUUUACUCAAAGAAAUUCAAAACCUUAAAAUAGAGAACGGGAGACUUUCAGAAUUAUUAGCAAAAACCCAAGAAGAAUUAAAAGACAAAGAUGAAUUUAUGAACGUCAUUAACUCUGUACCCGAAGUUAGACACGAUGAAAGACGAUAUUUGCUUUACAGAGCAAAAAUAAAAAAGCAAGAAAGAAUGGUAAAAAUUAUUUAGAUAAAUCAUUUACAGAACGCUCUUGAAGCGCACAAACGAGUUUAUUUUGAGACUGAUAAUUGAAUAGCCAGUGUGAGUCAAUUGUCUGAGAAUUCAGAAAAUGCAGUUGCAUCAAUGUCAGCUAUUAAUGGAAUAAUGAAAAUUGCUAGAGCUAAGCUAAAAGAGGCUGAGCAUUAUAGUAAAAUUGCUUAUACACAGCUUAUUAAUAAUUUAAGGUCAGAAGAAGUUUCUCAAUAUGAAAUACAAGGAGCUCUUGAUUGAAGACCGAAAAUAAAGCUAAAUGGGAACGAUAUUUUGGACGCAGAGAUGAAGAUCGGAGAACUUUUAAAUGCAAUACUAUCUUCAGACAAUUCAGUGCUUGAAACCCUUGCGAGAGAAUCAUGCACAAAAUUAAUAAAAUUAGGAACGAAACUCCCCAGUAUAGAGAAAACUGAAGAAGAUUAUCUGUCAAAAGAUUCACAAGAAAUGAUUUUGAUGCAAGUAAAAGCUGCAGGUAAAAAUUAUAGGAGUUUUUUCUAUAUGGCCCGAUAAGGGUCGUGGGUUCUCCGGGGAAUCCCUCUGCUGGCUGAACCAGCCAGUGAAUUGGUCAAAUCAACGCACUGAGUUGGUUUGACCAACAGAGGGAUUCCACGGAGAACCCACGGCCCUUAUCGGGCCAUAUAGAAAAAACUCCUAUAUAUGAAAGCGGUGAUUUCAAAGAUGCAGGAGGAGAGAAGCAGCCUGAAAAUGGAAAAAGAGAUGAUUUUGAAAGAAAUAGAGAAUAAAAACGAAAUAAUUGAAAAAAUGGCAAAUGAUCUGGAGUUUGUGAAAAACGAGUAUGAAAAGAAAAGUAGGGCAUUUUAUGGCAAUUUAGAAUGCAAUCUUGUUGAGCCUUGAAAUGAUAUAUGGAGUGUAUAUGAAAAUAUUGAAAAUGCAAGCUCAUCAAUUCAGCUAUGCUCAGUUUUUAAGAUGCUUGGUCCAAAAAUUAAUGAUUUUAUUAUAAAAAUAAGCCAAUAA